UCCUGGAAGCUCACUAUGGCUUGCUACUUCCUUCUCCCAUUUAAUCUCCUCUCCUUCCUCUCGCCUUCUUCACCAUUCUCCGUUUCUUCCUUUUUACGCUCCAAAUUCAUCACCAUGAAACUCAUUACCAAUCUCCCCAAAAAGCUCUUCAAAUCCAAAAAAAAACGAUCCAUUUCCAGAUCCGAAAAUACCUCAUUCGGGUCCGUAACCACCUCCUCCUCCUCUUCCGGGUCCGUAACCACUCCGACAAGUGUAUUACCCAGUACUACUACUCAAUGGCCGUCUGAAAUCUCCGCCGAAGUUUACUACGAACUCGUACAAGCCUUUCAAAUGAUCGACGGAGACGGCGACGGGAAAAUAAAUAAGGAGGAACUCUCCGCGAUUUUGACUCGAGUUGGAUCGGAUCCUCCAACCGAGGAAGAACUAGUUCAAUUGCUUAAUGAAGUAGAUGUGAACGGAGAUGGAUGUAUUAGUUUACAGGAAUUCGGAGCUAUAAGCUCGGCGUUCGGACCGCCGUCGUGUGAUUCCGAGAUGAGAGAUACGUUUGAGUUUUUUGACGCUAAUCACGACGGGAAGAUCACGGCGGAGGAGCUGUUUAACGUGUUUAGAACGAUCGGAGAUGGGCGGUGCACGUUAGAGGAGUGCCGGCGUAUGAUAAGAGGUGUUGAUAAAAAUGGAGAUGGAUUCGUAUGCUUUGAGGACUUUAGUCUUAUGAUGGAACAGCAGAGAUAAUCGUUUGAUCAAAAUUUUUGCUUGUGAUUCCUGAAAAAAAAUAAGUCUUUUUAUUUUAUUUUUGGGGAAAAAAAUGAUGUGAUUAUUUAAUAACUUGGAGUAAUUAGAAGAAUGAUCAUGCCAAUAUUGUGUAUAACAAAUUUAUGGACUCAGAUUCUGAUUAAUUUCAGUGUAGUGUUUUCAUUA